CUGCCACAACACCAAACCCACUAUUCAACGUGGUCAGAUUGUCAAUCAAGAUAUCCAACACACGAGCGGAGCCCAGCGAACAGCCACCUUUGAUCAGAAGCCAGAAGAAACAUCAAGAUGUCGACUGAUAAGAUUACUUUUUUGACGAACUGGCAUGCAACACCAUACCAUGCACCCGUGUACCUUGCCCAGAAGCUAGGAUACUUCCAAGAUGAAGGCAUAAAAGUAGCUCUUCUUGAGCCCAAUGAUCCAAGCGAUGUCACCGAGAUCAUCGGAUCAGGAAAAGUCGACUUGGGUUUCAAGGCCAUGAUCCACACUCUCGCAGCGAAAGCCCGCGGCUUCCCCGUCACAUCCAUUGGGUCCCUUCUCGACGAGCCAUUCACUGGAGUCGUUUACCUGAAUGACAGUGACAUCAGUACCGACUUUCGCAGCCUUAAGGGGAAGAAGAUUGGAUAUGUUGGAGAGUUUGGAAAGAUUCAAAUUGAUGAAUUGACGAAGUACUACGGCAUGAAGCCCACAGACUAUGAGGCCGUGAGAUGUGGCAUGAAUGUCUCCAAGGCCAUCAUUGAAGGUAGCAUUGAUGCUGGAAUCGGGCUUGAAAAUGUCCAGAUGGUGGAACUGGAAGAAUGGCUCGCGGGCCAAGGUCGUCCUCGCUCCGAUGUCCAAAUGCUGAGGAUUGAUGAGCUUGCUGAGUUGGGCUGCUGCUGCUUCUGCUCCAUCUUGUAUAUCGCAAACGACAGAUUCAUGGCCGAAAACCCCGACAAGAUCCACAAGUUUAUGAAGGCUGUAAAGCGAGCCACCGACUACGUCCUUGCUGCUCCUAGUGAAGCUUACAAGAUUUACAUAGACAACAAGCCAGAGAUGGCUUCUCCUGUCAAUCGUAAGAUCUAUGAGCGAUCUUACGCAUACUUCUCCAAAGACCUGAAGAAUGUCCAGCGUGACUUGGAGAAGGUGACUAAGUAUGGCAAGCGGCUUGGGGUCUUGAAUGCAGACUUUGAGCCCAACUACACGAAUGAAUUCUUGACCUGGAAGCUUGAGAGUGACUCGGCCGACCCAACGGGUGAUCAAAAGAGAAUGCUUGCUCUGCAACAGGAUGUCGCCAACAAGGGAGGCUUCCAAAGACUUGAUGUCAAGGUUAUUGCUUAAGUCUGGCGGAUUUGAGGGAAUCGGAAAUUACUCGCCUGUUCGCGUACUUGGAUUGAUCUUGUACCUACC